AUGGCUCCUAUUCCAUCCACUGCACCUACUCCUAGUCACCCUAUGGUUACGCGGGCUAAAGUGGGAAUCUUUAAACCCAAAAACAGAGUGGAUCUUGCUCACACUACUCAACAUGAUUUGUACACUGUGUUAUUUGCUCACCAUGACCCAACCAUCUUUGCGUCUGCAACUUCUUAUUCUCAUUGGCAAAAUGCCAUGGAUGCUGAAAUGACCGCUCUUCAUCUAAAUAACACUUGGAUGUUGAUGCCUAGACCAGUGGAUCGCAAUGUGUUUGGUUACAAAUGGGUGUUUCGAACUCAGUAUCAUGCUGAUGGCUCGAUUGAUCGUUACAAAGCUCGUCUCGUUGCUCAAGGUUUCAGUCAACUUCCAGUUAACGGGAAACAACAUUGA